GGCUGCGCAUACUUACUACAUAAACAUAAACACCUCUCAGCUGUAUUGUUAAGUUGAAAGAAGCAGUUUGUUGACUAGGUGCCUCCUGAACUUCUGAGCCAGGAUGUGCAAAAGAAAGAGAGUGAUGGCAUUUUAACUGCUGGUCUAUGGUACUGACGCUGUGAAGAAUGUUUUGUGAUAAAAUAUUGGACGCCUGCCCAGUUUGCUGUGUGCUAGGAGCAGGAAGAAAAACGCAAUCGAGCAAAAGGACAUCUGAAUGAAUUCCCAAGACCGUACAUGGGGGCAAGACUUUUAGCAUAAAAUGACAUUUGCCAGGGAGUGAAGGAACUUGGCAAUGGACAGUGGUUAUGAAUUGUUCAAAAUCUACCCUGACUCAGCCCCUCUUAUCAAUGCAGAGUCAAAAGAAUGUUUUAUCUGUCGGGAAGGAGACGAGAUGGGCCGUGACGCUCUGCUGCACUUCUGUGACUGCAAAAACUUGAUUGCUCACCAGAAAUGUCUUUUAACUUGGAUACAAAAGCUUCUUCAGGAUGAAGGCGCUCCAAGAUGCAAAGUGUGUACUGCCGAGUACCAGCUCGAGAAAAAAUCACCCUGGGGAGUUCUGCUGUUGCGAUGGCACAAAUGGGUUGUCUUUUGCACAAUUCUGGCUGCAAUGAUCAGCAUUCCACUUCUGGUCUAUCAAAUGAUAAUUGCUUUUAAGGAUCCUCCUCCCAGUCUUGUUUUCCACAUAGCAUCUGUCUGCUUUGGAGUGCUCUCAGAGAUACUUCUGACCAACCAAUUUAUUUUUCUUUCAGAUCAUGCCAAAAAGAGCCUGAUUCUGGAUUCUGGUCCAAACUCAGAGCAGACUGUCUCAGAAUGCACUGGCUCAUCUCUUGAGAGUUUUUCCAUUGUCACAUGGCUGCAGUUAAUUCCAUAGAUUUUCACUCUAUCAAACUCCAUCACGUCAUUCCAGUCCAGAAGAUUAUCCAAGCCAUUGAUAACUUUAUCUCUAAUAUCUUCAUUAAUUUCUUCAGAGAUAACGUUAAAUUCCAAACAGUAGAUUUUAUUUCUAAUAUCCAUAAACUCCAGAUCUUUUUCCAAUUCCACAUUUGUUCCAAUCUCCAGGGCUUGUAUCUUCCCUUUAUUUUUUCUUUUCUCAUCUCUGAUCUCAUUCUCCUCUCUCACAGGAUCCCCUAUUUCUUUAAGCUCCUGCGUCAUUUUGCUCAGUUCAAUUUUCAGCUCCUUACUGCCCUGUCGCAGGGUUUGUUUCGUUAUCUCAAUCUCAUCCAUUAUUUUCUGAAACAUAAUUACUUCCAGAUUCUCAGCCACUUUCUUGAUUGCCAUUUUUAAAACCACGAAAACAAAGCAAAACAGAAAUAAAGAAGAACCACUUCUUAUUUCAGCAACAAUUGGGUUAAUAUUCCAGGCUUGAUGACAUCACAGUAUAAACAGAGCAGCCUGCCUUAUCUCUCUAUGUUCAAGAAUACAAAACAAAUUUGGUUCCCAGCAUCAAAACAGUUAGUGGCGUCGUGAAGAAGCAGAUUCGUCGAAAUAAAAUAGACCAAAAAGAGAAUAGUCCCAGACAAUAUAACAUUCCUCGGAAUAGAAAUCCCUCUUCUGUUUAUAUCUUUAGGAUGCACUUCCAGGACAGCUUUUUGCAACAGAAACAGAGAUAAGCUGUUAAUUUCGUGAAUAACAGAGAAGAGUUAUAGCUCACCCAGGAGUACUUCAAAGCCGAUCAAUCUGACAAAUCUCCUUUUGCUGCAACAAUUUAAACCAAGUAAGAAAAAUAAUAGAAAGAAGGGUGCUUGCCUGUUAGUCGGUUUUCUCUUUGAAGAAAAGAUAAACGUAUCGCAUUAAACAGAUAGAGCAAAAGUUUGGAAGUCCGUCUGGCAUUGUUGGCUGGACCUUUUCUCAUAAAUUAAUGAAAUCCAGUCCUCCCAACAAAAACAGGCUUUUGAGGUUGAUCUCUACGUUUCUCCCUGCCCGGGAGAAAUUUCAUCAGUCAAAAAAAAAAUGUUCUGACUGAUUUAUAUCUGAAUAAGCUUCUUUUGAGGCGGGAGCCCGUCUCAAAAGCAGGCACAAGCGAAGUCACCCUUCCCGGAAGUCACAUUCAUUCACAUUGCUUGAUGGGAAGACUGAAUGUGUGGUUCCACUGAAAACUUUUUCAUUUUCAGCCAUAAUUAUGUUAAGAGCAAAAUCCAGUUGGGAUCCUUCUGGUCACAGCAGGGAUUUUGAUCCAUCUGCUAAUGGAAAAGGAGUAUAAGCCUCACGAAACCCCAUGAAAAUCUGCUCCAGAGAGUUGAAGGACCUUCCAGAGCAAAGUGGAAAGAUGUGCGAACUCCAGAGGAAGUAACAACUGGCAAAAAUUGCCUUUCCUCCUCCUCUUCUGUUAUCAGACACCUCCACUAGAUCAAAUGUCUUUCCAUGAGUGGAAAGGGACCAAUUGGAUUCAACCAAUUUUCUUCACACUUGAAAGCCAUUGCUUCAUGUUGCAGUCAUCAAAGUGAUGAAUAUGCAUGUGUGAACCAGCCAAUAGAGAUUUGGGUAAAAGGAGUGCUAGUUGAAUUUAACUGUGUUGACUUGUGUCUGCACAGGACAGUAUACUGUGAUGUCAAGGUCAAAUAAUAGAGACUGUGCUCUAGUUACCAGUCCCUGCACUUAUGAUAUGCUUGCCAUUCUAAAUGGUCUUUUGUUCUGGUGUCCACUGCCACCACUCCCUGAAUUGCAGAGGGCUUGCAAUAAUCAUUUGAACCUGGUGAUCAAGAUUAAAAUCUUCAGUGUGACUGUUUACUCCAGAUAAGCUGGCUGCCUGCAAUUGAGCAACUACACUGACAUUUGCACAGAUGGGCAUCUGAUGCCUAGGAUAUGAUGGAGGAGCUGUAUCACUGUGGGGGGGGGUUGGUUUGGUUUGGUUUGGUUUGGUUGACUUACCCAUAAGAAGGUUGGUUCUCCUAAAAUAAUACAAGGUAUUGUAUCUACCUUGUGCUAGAUAUAAUAGCAAAUGAAUGACCUGGGAAAGGACUUUGUGAUGGUUUUGCAUCAUUUUUUUAAUGUCACAUCCAAAGUCCUCUGUUUAAUUUUGUGCGGGAAGAAUCUGCUUGAGAAGACAGACUUUUCAUGGCUCCAUAAGAGGCAAUAUUAACAAGCCACUAGAAGUGUCAACAACAUAUAAGUUUGUGCACUUAAAGCUAACAAAGCAUCAUGUUUGAGAAAUCUUGCUAUCUCUAGCCCUCUGAAAACGGGGGGAGCUUGGGAUUUGAACAUGAAAUGUAUAAUUGUGUUCUGAAUGUACAUACCAAAUUUCAUUCUGAGAUCUUGACAUUCAAGGCAUAUAUUGCAUUGCAUGCUAUGUUCUUUUUUUUUAAAGUUCUUUCACUUUAUUUGCAGAGCCAUAGGCCAUCGCACAAGUCCAACACACAUUCUGUUUUAAAAUAAGCAAAGCUAAAAACAGUUAAUAUUAAAAAGCCAAAACAGUCCAUUUGAAAUUAAGAAAGAGUAAUACAGUUCACAAUAAAGGAUCAUUAUAAACUAAAAACAGCUCCGAAGGGCCGUAUAGGGCUUAUCAGACCAUGAUCAUAUAAAAGAGCUUUAUGGAUAUUACUGUUACCACGUAGAGCCCCCAAAAGUGUCAGUUCGAUAUAUAAUUUGCUCGUAGUUUUUGAGCUGCCAGGGCAAAUAAGGACACUCUAUGCGUAAUAUAGGCUUCUACGUCAGACAUCAGGCAACAUAUUUUUUUCACGAUCUGAGACCAGGUACUGACUUGCCAGCAAGCCCUUCAAAUACUUUGCUUGAGGAUUCAAGUAAAUAGGACAAGACAACAGAUAACGGGGAAGGUCCUCCACCUCCAAUGUUCCGCAUACGCAGAGUCUCUGAGCCCAUGGCAUCCCAGAAAAAUGACCUUCCCUUACCGCAUUUGGCAUGGUAUAGAAGCGAAGCGCCGUAAAUGCCUGCCUAAGAAUUACAGGGAUAGACAGAGUCAAAUAUGCUGCUCUGGCGUGAUCAAGUUUAAAAAGCCAGUACCAGCGAGAAGCUCUAGAGUUAAUCAAAGUCAGUCUGCCUAAAUAGGCACAAUGUCGGUAGAUAGCAUCACAUAGCUUCAUUUUAUUAGCUAGAAGGGAAGAAUCCUGAGGCAAUAUAUGAUAAACUUGGAGUAGGUUGUCUGUUCUUAUACUCCAUAGCCUAACACCAGCAGCCUGAUCAAAACAGAGAUUUAAAAAUAUUUUGGCCGGUGAUUCUUUUAUGGAUCUCCGAAUAUUAACAAGAAUAUUAUGUAUACAGACUCUAAGCAGGGGAAGCCCCACUUCUGCUCGAAGCGACGCAGCUGGAGUACCAGGGGGUAAUGCCAGAAGUCUUCUCAAGAAGUUAUUUUGAAUAACCUCUAGGCUAGCAGUACAGGUUUCGUCCCAGCCCCAUACUGCUGCUCCAUAUGUAAUCUGGGGGAUAACCUUGCACUGGAAGUUUUUUAAAGCGGGCUCAAUUAGGUUACCACCCACCGUACGAUAAAAUUUAAGGAUAGUCCUGUAAGUUCUUGCUGCUAAUGCUUUGGUCAUUUCUAAAUGCUUUUUCCAAGAAAGUGUAUCAGAAAAAUGUACUCCCAGAUAUUUAAAGGAUCGACAUUGUUCAAGUUGGUGCUCAGCUAUUGCCCAUUUGGACUUGACAUACCUUUUACCAAAUACCAGCACUUUUGUCUUCUCAUAGUUAAUCUGUAACUUUUCCUUAAUACAAUAGUCCUCAAGUUUUCGUAUAAUUCUCCGGAGACCGAUACAAGUAAUAGAAAGUAAAAUCAUAUCGUCUGCAUAUAAAAGAAUAGAGAUUUUCCUGCUUCCAAAGGGGGGGGGGAAUUCUGGGCCAGAUAGUUCAGAAACAAUGCCAUGAAGGUAAAGGUUGAUGCCAUUAAGGUAAAGCCAUUAAGGUAAAGCAUGCUAUGUUACAUCUUUCCUGCCUCGCCCCGUGAAAAUGAGAGCAAGGAUUUCACUCAUGAAAUGCAGAAUGUUGAUAAUCUUAUGUGUACUGUUUUAU